ACAUUUUAAAAGCCUUUAGAAUAAUCAACUUGAAUCGUAUAUCGUAGAAUCUCGUCAUUUAUUUCUAACUAUUUAUAUAAUAAUGUUGUAAUUAUACGUGAUACUCGUAGGCAGAGAAAUUGUUUGAAAACGAUAUACUAACUCGAAUCCAGUGUUAUAAAAAUUUAUCGACGGUAUAGCUAGAUAGAGAGAGAGAAAGAGAAACAGGAUAAUUAUUGGUUAUACAUUAUGAUGUAAAUUAUAUAGUACAUAGAAUAAGACGAUAAUAACUGCGAUCUAAAUAUUUACUGUACUGGUAAAGAAGCCCUUCUUCCGUUGUUAACAAUGAAAGUAUGAAUAAAGAAUAAACACAGAAAGACAUUGAUAACUAUGGAACGUGCAUACGUACGUACUAAUAAUUCAGUAUUUUAGUAUUUCUUAUCUUCAGUGAGAAGAUGAAACAUAUUUUCUUUUCUUUCCUCGUUUUUUCCUUUUUUCGUUUUUCUUUUCUUUUUUCUUUUCUUUUCUCGUUUUUUUUUUUUUUUUUUUUUUUUUUUUUUUUUUUUUUUUUUUUUAAGGACAAGCUCCAUCGAUAUUUUUACAAUCUCGUAAAGCAAAAGAUUGUCAUAAUAUAAAAUUGACUAAAAGAUAAAACAAAAUAUUAAUCGAAAGAAUGCAUAUUCUUCCUUUGUCAUUCGGCCUAUUAACUUGCGUUGGUUUUUGGCGACCGACCAAAUGGUCAUCGAAUUCUUUGAAAUAUUUCAUUUAUAACGUUUAUACGAUUUUCAUGGUAUUCUUGCUUUAUACAUUUGCAUUCUGUGGAUUCAUGGAUGCUCUGAUUGAUCAUAACUUGGAUAACUUACUCGAAAAGUUUUCACUCUUUAUAUCCGUAAUAGGAGUGUGUAUCAAAGUGACGAAUAUUUUAAUCAAUCGAAAGACUGUUAUUUCAGUUGCAGAUAUGCUUCUAAAGGAGAUAUGCAUUCCACGUGACUCUAAGGAGCUGGCGAUUAAAGAGAAAUUCGAUAAAAAUGCCAAGAUUAUAACAAUUUAUUGCGAAAUCUUGAACGAGACAACCGUCUUCUUCGCCACUGUCGCUCAAUUUGGUAAAUUCUUAGAAACUCGUACUUUACCACUUGCCAAUUGGACACCAUACGAUCGUACCUCGAGUAUCAUGUUUUGGAUGACUUUACUUCAUCAAUCCUUUGGUCUCAUGGUGUGUGCCAAUUCAAGCGUGGCUCACGAGACCAUAAUAUCCGGACUGAUGAUACAAAUUUGUGCUCAAUUGGAAAUACUCUGUCAUCGGGCAAGAAUAUUGCCAACGUUACUGCAAAAGAUACAGGAAAAUUAUUCCUCUGAAGAGGAUCUUAAAAAAGUCGAAAAUAAAGUUAUUGGUGAAUUGGUCGAGUAUCAUCUUUACGUUUAUAAAUUUGCUAAAAAGGUCAACGAUGUGUUCACCUUUAUGAUAUUCAUGCAAUUUUCUAUAAGCUCUACAGUACUCUGCAUGAGCGUGUAUAAAUUAUCAACAAAAGAUGUGAUAAGCCUUGAUUUCCUUUGGACAUUUUUUUAUCUCGCGUGUAUGCUCACGCAACUCUUUCUUUAUUGUUGGUUUGGUAACGAAGUUACAUUAAGGAGUAAAAAAAUUGGAGACGCAUUUUAUGAAAUGGAUUGGACGUCGUUAAGAGAUAGAGUAAAUAAAAGUCUUAUUAUAAUAAUGGCACGAACAAAGAAAACUAUCGAAAUGAAUAGCGGAUAUAUAGUAAAACUCUCAGCAAAAUCGUUUAUGACCAUAAUUAAGGCCUCAUAUUCUGCUUAUAAUGUUUUACAAACUUCAAAAAUGCAUAUUCUUCCUGUAUCAUUUGCAUUGUUUACGUACGUUGGAUAUUGGCGACCAGUGAAUUGGCCAAAAAAUUCUUUCAAAUCCUAUCUUUAUAAUCUUUACACUCUAUUCAUGAUAUUCAUCUUAUGUUUAUUCGCAUUUUGUGAAAUCGUCGAUGCUUAUGUCGAUCAUAAUGUAAACACAUUCAUCGAAAAGUUUACUCUUACGAUAUCGGUCAUAGCAGUGUGUAUUAAAGUUAUAAAUCUCACUUUGCGUCGGGAAAGUAUUAUUUCGUUGAUCAAUAUGCUUCUGAAAGAUGAUUGCGUACCACGGGAUUCGGGGGAACAAAAGAUAAAGGAGAAAUUCGACGAGAACGCUAAGAAGAUCACGAUUUAUUGCGAAUUUUUAAACGAGGCAACAGUAGUCUUCGCCAUAAUAUCACAGAUCGUAGACGCCGUAAAUGAACGUAUCCUGCCAUUUGCCAAUUGGACUCCUUACGAUCAUUCCUCGGACAUUAUGUUUUGGAUCUCUUUGAUUCAUCAGUCCGUAGCUCUUUUGGUGUGUGCAAAUGCAAGUGUUGCUCAUGAGACCAUCAUUUCUGGAUUGAUGUUGCAAAUUUGUGCACAAUUGGAGAUACUUGGUUAUCGUGUAAAAAUGUUGCCGAUGUUACUGGAAAUGGCACGAAAGAAUUGCGAUCAUAUCGUUAAUUGGACGAGAGAGGAGAAAAGGAUCAUUCGUGAAUUAAUCGAGUAUCAUCUUUACAUAUACAGUUUUGCGACUAAAGUCAACAACGUUUUUACUACGAUGAUCAUGCUACAGUUCUCUAUAAGUUCGAUUGUACUCUGUUUGACCGUUUAUAGGAUGUCCAAGACAGAAAUCACUAGCUUUGAAUUUUUAUGGGCAGUUUUUUAUCUUGCCUCUAUGUUCAUGCAAAUCUUUCUCUAUUGUUGGUUCGGCAACGAAGUGAUAUUAAAGGUCGACGUACACAUAAUAUCUUUUAUGUGGCAUAUUCUAUACAGCAAGCAAAUCGGAGAGGUGUUUUAUGAAAUGGAUUGGACAUCAUUAAGAACUGACAUUAUCAAAAUUCUUCCUAUCAUAAUGUCUCGAACAACAAAACCUAUUGAAAUGAGAAGUGGCUAUGUGAUAGUAUUGUCAGCUCAAUCGUUUACAAGUAUAUUGAAUACAUCGUACACAGCUUACAACGUUUUGCAAAAAUCCUCAUAAUAAUUGAAAAAGUUCAGUUAGAGCAAUCAACGUUAGUAAAAGCAAAAGCAUCGAUAUUUUUCUGUACACAAAAAUGUACAAAAAAUGUACAAAAAAUAAAAUAUCAAUUGUU